AAGCAAAACCAAAGCAUUCGGUUAGAGCAGUGUUUGUAAAACUUGGACACAGAGAGAAAACAAAGUGUCUCUGUAUAUAUCAACGCCCCUCUCAGAAUCGAGCAGGGAUCACCCUGAUAGCAGGCUUCAGACCAUCAGAGACCAUGGGAGGAAAAACAGAGUUCAACUCAGUCCUGCUGGAUACCAGAACAAAGUAACUCACAACUACUGGAAUGAGAAUAUGAAAAUAGAGAGCACGCUCUUCCCUGACACAAACCAGAGCCUGGGGGAGCAGCAGCCAACAAAACGUAAGAAAGGUCCCGCACCGAAGAUGUUGGGAAAUGAGCUGUGUAGUGUAUGCGGAGACAAAGCCUCAGGAUUCCAUUACAAUGUGCUAAGCUGUGAGGGCUGCAAGGGCUUCUUCAGACGCAGUGUGAUCAAGGGCGCCCAAUAUUCAUGCAAGAAUAGCGGCCAGUGUCAGAUGGAUAUGUACAUGCGAAGAAAAUGCCAAGAAUGCCGGCUACGCAAGUGUCGACAGGCGGGAAUGUUGGAGCAAUGUGUCCUCUCAGAGGAACAGAUCCGACUAAAGAAGAUGAAGAAGCUGGAGGAAGAGAUGACAAAGACUGUAAGGGUCACCUCAAGCCCCCUGUCUAGCUGGGAAACUCCAAGACUCAAUGUGGCGCAGAUUGAAAUGAUCAGAAAAUUAGUUGCUGUUCAGCAACAGUGUAACAAGCGCUCAUUCAGUGACCGAUUGAAAGUGACGCCAUGGCCGCAGAGUGUCGAUUUGCACAGUCGAGAGAUGAGACAGCAGAGAUUUGCACACUUCACUGAACUGGCAAUCAUCUCCGUUCAGGAAAUAGUGGACUUUGCAAAACAGGUGCCAGGGUUCCUGGAUCUCACCCGUGAAGAUCAGAUUGCUCUGCUCAAGACUUCCACCAUUGAGAUUAUGCUGCUGGAAACCUCACGAAGGUAUGAUCCACAAAUCCAGGGCAUCACCUUUCUGCAAGAUUUCAGUUACAACAGAGAUGACUUUGCUGGGGCGGGUCUACAGUUUGAGUUUAUAAAUCCCAUCUUUGAGUUUUCAAAGGGCAUGAAUGAUCUCCACUUGGAUGAUGCAGAAUACGCUCUACUAAUUGCCAUCAAUCUCUUCUCAGCGGAUCGCCCAAAUGUUGAAGACCAUGAGCUGGUGGAAAGACUGCAACAGCCUUACGUUGAAGCUCUCCAUUCCUAUACACGGAUAAAGAGACCAAACGAUCACUUGAUGUUUCCUCGGAUGCUGAUGAAGCUGGUUUGUCUGCGGACUCUGAGCAGCGUCCAUUCUGAGCAAGUCUUUGCACUACGACUGCAGGAUAAAAAAUUGCCGCCCCUCCUUUCAGAAAUCUGGGACAUGCACGAAUGACUCUGGAGUCCUCUGUAUAGAGUCCAGCUCAACGAAUCAGAUACAACGUCAAAUGGGGGAAGCUUCUCUUGGUGGAAAUGAGAACAGCCGAGGAAAGCGACGGUUCAGAGAGGAAGUUAGGAAGACCACCAGCUGCAAUUAUCAAUGCAACACUCUCAUCAUGUUCAGGAUAUUUUAAGGGAUUUUCUAUGUUGAAUCUGGAAAGAUCAAUUUUACCAUGCUUUGUUUUUAACGUGCUAACUGUAUGGUAGCUGACUGUCUCUGUUUAUGUUCAUUGUAUGGAUCUUUAAGCUGCAGUCAUUAGUGGUCUCGCUUUCUGCAGGCCUGGCCGGGUACAGGCUGAAGUCUGGCUGGGAUAAUUGUAACAGGAAAGGAGAAUCAACGGUUCCUGUCCCUGUCACACAGCCAGUUUCGAGCUGGAUGGCAGGCUCAGGGAAAGCACUUUGUUCACCAGUGAAGCAGCAGUCAGACUGGAGAGCGGGCCACUGUUACUGAGAGACAUAACGUCAACUAACCAAAAUCAGAAUGGGCCUCGAUGCAGCUUUAUAUGAAGCCACUGAUUUAUUAUAAUGCACUAAAGCCAACCUAAAAGCUUACUCAGACUGGUAUCUAUUUAUAGUGUCUCAGUCUCAGACUGGUAUCUAUUGACAGUGUCUCAGUCUCAGACUGAUAUCUAUUGAUCGUGUCUGUCAGCCUCACACUGGUAUCUUUUGACAGUAUUUCCGUCUCAGACUGGUAUCUAUUGACAGUGCCAAUCAGUCUCAGACUGGUAUCCAUUGACAGUUUCUCAAUCACAGACUGGUAUCUAUUGAGUGUCAGUCAGUCUCAGAUUGGUAUCCAUUAAUAGUGCCUCAGUCUCAGACAGGCAUCUAUUGACAGUGUCAGUCAUUCUCAGAUUGGUAUCCAUUGAUAAUGCCUCAGUCUCACACUGGUAUCCACUGACAGUGCCUGUCAGUCUCAGACUGGUAUCUAUUGACAGUGUCAGUCAGUCUCUGACACUGUCCUUACAUACCAGUCUGAUAUUGAUCAGCAUGUCAAUAGAUGCCAGUGUGAAACUGACAGGCACUGUCAAUAGAUACCAGUCCGUCAGUCUCAGACUGGUGUCUGUUGACGGUGUCAGUCAGUCUCAGAUUGAUAUCCGUUGACAGUGUCUCAGUCUCAGACUGGUAAUAAUUCACAGUGUCAGUCAGUUUCAAACUGGUAUCUGUUGACAGUGCCUCAGGGACAGUCAGUCUCAGAUUGGUAUCCAUUGACAGUGUCUCAGUUUCAGACUGGUAUAUAUUCAGUGUUAGUCAGUCUCAGACUGGUAUCCAUUGACAGUGCCUCAGUGCCAGUCACUCUCAGACUGGUAUCUAUUGACAGUGUCAGUCAGUCUCAGACUGGCACUUAUUGACAGUGUCUGUCAGGCUCAGACUGGUAUCUAUUGACAGUGUGUGUCAGUCUCUGACUGGUAUCUAUUGAUAGUGUCAGUCAGUCUCAGAUUGGUAUCCAUUGACAGUGCCUCAAUGCCAGUCACUCUCAGGCUGGUAUCUAUUGACAGUGUCUGUCAGGCUCAGACUGGUAUCCAUUGACAGUGCCUGUCACUCUCAGGCUGGUAUCUAUUGACAGUGUCUGUCAGGCUCAGAUUGGUACCUAUUGACAGUGUCUGUCAGGCUCAGACUGGUACCUCUUGACUGUGUCUGUCAGGCUCAGACUGGUACCGCUUGACAGUGUCAGUCAGUCUCAGACUGGUAUCUAUAGGCAAUGUCAGUCAGUCUCAGAUUGAACAUAGAAACGUAGGACUUAGAAGGAGAAGGCCAUUUGGCCCUUCAAGCCUGCUUCACCAUUCAAUAGGAUCAUGGCUGGUCUGGUUGUGAUCUCAACGUCACUUUGCCGUUUGUCCCCCAUGACCCUUGGUUCUUUUGUCUGUCAAAAAUCUGUCAAACUCUGCUUGAAUACAUUCAAUGGCCCAGACUUCACUGUUUUCUAGGGAAGAGAAUUUUGAGAGAAAAAUUUCUUCUCAUCUCCAUGUUAAACGGUGGACCUUUCAUUUUUAAACUGUGCCGUCUAGUCCUAAUCUCUUCCUGAAACAUUCUCCUGGUAUCUGCCCUAUCAAGUCCCCUCAGGAUCUUAUGUGUUUCAAUAAGAUCCUCUCUCAUUCUUCUAAACUCCAAUGGGUACAGGCCCAAUCUGUCCAAUCUUUCCUCAUAAGACAACCCCCUCCUCCCAGGAAUAAGCCAAGUGAGCUUUCUCUGAACUGCUUCUUAUGCAAUUAAAUAUUUUUUUCAAAUAAGGAGACCAAAACUGUACACAGCACCCCAGAUGUGGUCUCACCAA